AUGCUUCCUUCCGAAAGAAGUGAUCAUUUGAAUCAAUCCGAAGAAAAAGAAGAAAGAAUUGAAUUUUUAGAACACAAAUAUACUUCCUAUAUUUUAGGAGCUCGUUCAUCGAGUGAUGCUGAUUUAUCCUAUUCAUGUUUAAUGUUUCAAAAGUUAAUCAGGUAUCUGGGAAGUUAUUAUCUCGCGUCACAAAUACCACAUCCAACAAGAACAUCGACAACUCUCACUACCAGAUUUGGAAAUAGCAAUGGUAUUGAUAUUCUGACAGAUAUUAUUCCUCUCUACUUUGGAGAAAGAAUGAAUGAUAUAUUUCCAGGCGUCGAUCUUCAUUGCAAAACAUCAAUUUAUAACUCAAGAAAGUUAGCAGGAAUGGAUGUUGAUGAUUUCAAAAUCUCCAGAGAUGUCAUUGGACAUUUACAACAACCUUUUGGACCAAGAUUAUUGAGAUAUUUCAGCACAUUAUUCUUUGAACAUGCCUUAUUCUUAUUUAGGAAAUUAGAAAAAGAAUGUCGUAACCGCAAACAUAGCAAGCCUUCUGAAAAGACCACAGAAAGAAAUAAUUCGCGAACGGUCACAUUUAAAGAUUUCACCAUGUUUAUUUUCACCGAAAAUGUUGAAAGUAAGGACAAGAUUGCCGCAUCCAUCAAACUCUAUGUUUCAACACUGAAUGAGGAUCCCAACUUUUUAUCAACAAUUCAUUUCAACAUUCGAGCAGCAACAUUUGGAAAUGAUUUCGAAAUUACUUUCAUGCCUCUAUUUCGAUACCAGUCAACGCCAAAAUAG